UCUUGUUUUUGACGAGUCAUUUUCUGGUCUGACUUAGUUGUUAGCUCCAUAUUCUCAUUUAGUUAAGAACAAAGUGAACGAAAGUUAUUAAUCAAUUGAAUUACUUGUUUAUUUGUGCGUUUAUUGGUGCAAAGAGAGUUACAGAAUAUGCCCUACAAUAUGGACGUUCUUAUGCCCGAGAAGGACGAACUUAGCGAACUGAAGCUAAAGGAUGCCCAUAGCUCACUGGAUGAGCUAGAUAUGGAUGAUUUAUAUGUACGAUAUAAGAAACUUCAGAAAACAUUAGAGUUUAUCGAAGUGCAGGAAGAGUACAUCAAGGAUGAGCAGCGCAAUUUGAAAAAGGAAUAUCUGCACGCGCAAGAAGAGGUGAAGAGGAUACAGAGUGUACCUUUGGUGAUUGGACAAUUCCUUGAGGCAGUUGAUCAAAACACUGGCAUUGUUGGCUCCACCACAGGCUCCAAUUACUAUGUACGCAUCCUAUCAACCAUUGAUCGUGAGCUGUUGAAGCCUUCGGCUUCCGUUGCACUGCAUAAGCACAGUAAUGCCCUGGUCGAUGUCCUGCCACCAGAGGCGGAUAGUUCCAUUUCAAUGCUACAACCCGAUGAGAAGCCCGAUGUUAGUUAUGCAGAUAUCGGUGGCAUGGAUAUGCAGAAACAGGAGAUACGAGAGGCCGUCGAACUGCCCCUAACCCACUUUGAGCUGUACAAACAGAUUGGUAUUGAUCCACCUCGAGGUGUUCUCAUGUACGGACCACCGGGCUGCGGCAAAACUAUGCUGGCCAAGGCAGUGGCCCAUCACACAACUGCCUCCUUUAUCAGGGUUGUGGGCUCCGAAUUUGUUCAGAAAUAUCUGGGCGAGGGACCGCGUAUGGUGCGCGAUGUCUUCCGCUUGGCCAAAGAGAAUGCACCGGCUAUAAUUUUCAUCGAUGAGAUCGAUGCCAUUGCCACAAAGCGAUUCGAUGCCCAAACCGGAGCUGAUCGUGAGGUCCAACGUAUUCUUCUGGAGCUGCUCAAUCAAAUGGAUGGUUUCGAUCAGACGACCAAUGUUAAGGUGAUUAUGGCCACCAAUCGUGCCGAUACCCUAGAUCCGGCUCUAUUGCGUCCCGGACGUCUUGAUCGUAAAAUUGAAUUUCCGCUUCCGGAUCGACGACAGAAACGUCUUGUCUUCUCCACCAUCACAUCGAAAAUGAACCUUAGCGAGGAUGUUGAUUUGGAAGAGUUUGUGGCGCGACCCGACAAAAUUUCUGGUGCAGAUAUUAAUGCAAUUUGUCAAGAAGCUGGCAUGCAUGCGGUCCGUGAGAAUCGUUAUAUUGUCCUGGCCAAGGACUUUGAGAAGGGCUAUAAGAAUAAUAUCAAGAAGGACGAACAGGAGCACGAAUUCUAUAAAUAGAUGAUAAGAUACGUUCAUUUCCCUCACCCCUCCUUCGUCUCCAGCGUUUAUAUACCUAAUUAAAACUGUAAUAAAAAAGUAAAACGUCAA